AUGCCCAUCGGCCAGCAGGAAAGCGGUGUAACUUCUGGCGUCAAGUUUGUCACGUCCACUGUCGAGGGCGCCACAGGCAGUGCCGGUCGGCCGGUUGCACGAGGCCUUGCCGAUGUAUCCACGAGCAUUGAGAAAGGUGCAAACGAUGUAGCAGGAGGCGUCAAACGUGCUGGGGAGGGCAAAUAG